ACCAGUCAAAACCAAUGCUCUUUCUAUAGAAGGGUGUGAGAGUGAGAAUAUGCUGUUUAUAUGAAUCUUAACUGAUUCAUUUAUAUACAGUACAGUUGCUCCUUGUGUUAGAUACAACUACUUAUAUUGUCUUUAUUUAUUUAUAUUUGACAUGGUUUUGGAACCAUGAAUGGCCAUGUGUCUUCUGAAAACCAGAUAUAACAAAUGUCACUAAGCAGUGUUGAACUUUAUUAGCAUACAGGCCUAGUGAUCUGGAUCAACUAUUGAACUUUGGCAUAGAUUAAUGUUAAUGUUAAUGUUCUUAAUUACACAGUUAUAUUUGUUUCUGGUAAUGUCAUAUUCCAGAGGUUUCAAGCCAGCAGUGAUUCCAUUAUUGUGCCAUGCCUGUGGCACAUUUUUUGUAUUUUUAACCCUAGUGGCCUCUUAAGUGGCAGACUAAGUAGGAACUGGCUAUGACUUAGUUGACUAGUGGAUCCUGGCACACCAUUUGCGAACCACUCAGACUAAUGCUUAAAUACUUAACACCAAAAGUUGGUAGGGGGAUGGACAAUCUGUUUAAAAAUGCUGCUACAUUUUGGGAUUUAUCUUUUCAUAUGCUGUUUGUAAUGGAACAGUGGUGUCAAUUGUAUUCUGUGUUCUCAGAACAAAUUGUGUUUUAUACUAGAUGAGCGGAACUAAAGAUGAAACGUUAGUUAGCCGUGAGCGAGUUUCAGUUUGGAGACUAGUAACCCACCAGCAGAAAGGGUCCUUUGUGAGACAGAGAUGUUGACGUCAAAUGAACCCUGUGAAGACAUAAAUUCUCAGUUUAACUAGAACAACACAACACAGGGAGGAUGAGCCCUGGUAUCCUCCCCCUGUCUCCUAACUUACAUAACUCAUGAGGGGUUUUCCUUUAAUAAGUUCAACUGACCAAGUCUGUCCUCUUAUUUUCAUGUUAGCCCUGUGUCCUCACAGUUGACUGACCAGAACAAGGGAAUAUCUGAUACAUACUAUCAUACAAAUUACAAUAUGUUGGAGAUGCUUGAAUACAGCCAUUACCAGGUACAGACACAUCUGGAGAACCCCACCAAGUACCACAUCCAGCAGGCCCAGAGGAAGCAGGUGAGGCAGUACCUGUCCACAACCCUUGGGGGUAAGCCUGGCAGCCAGGCCGGAAGCCUGCAGUGCCCCAGCCAGCCCCCGGAGCACGGGAUGCCCCCCGGCCCAGGCAGCAGUGCCCCCAACAGCCCCAUGGCCCUGCUGACCCUCAGCUCCAACUGCGAGAAGGAGAUGGAUGAUGUCAUCGAUGACAUUAUUAGCUUGGAAACAAGUUAUAAUGAGGAUAUUUUUGGACUUAUGGACCCAGGACUCCAGGUUACUAAUACACUCCCUGUAUCUGGUAACCUUCUGGACAUGUAUGGGAAUCAAGGGCUUCCCCCAAAUGGACUUGCCAUCAGUAACUCCUGCCCUGGUAGCUUAUCCAACAUCAAAAGGGAAUUCUCAGCUCCUGGCAUGAUGCACGUACUGGACAAUACUGGAUCCUAUGGCCAGUUUGACAACUACCAAAGGCCCGAGGGCUUUCCAGUUGCUGAGGUUCGAGCGAUGGCCAAGGAGAGACAAAAAAAGGACAACCACAACUUAAUUGAACGAAGGAGAAGGUUCAACAUCAACGAUCGAAUCAAAGAGCUUGGAACCCUGAUUCCUAAGUCUAAUGAUCCGGACAUGCGCUGGAAUAAGGGCACCAUUCUGAAGGCCUCAGUGGACUACAUCAGGAAGCUGCAGAGGGAGCAGCAGAGAGCCAAGGAGGUGGAGCUUAGACAGAGAAGGCUGGAGCAUGCCAACCGCCAUCUGAUGCUGCGCAUACAGGAGUUGGAGAUGCAGGCGCGGGCUCAUGGUCUUGCAAUUCUGCCGUCGUCUUCCCUCUGCUCCUCUGAGCUGAUAGCCCGAGCCAUCAAGCAGGAGCCCAUCUUAGGAGACUGUCCCUCAGACCUGUACCAGCAGCCAGGUCCCGACAUGUCCCCUCCCACCACACUGGACCUCAACAACGGUACCAUCCACUUUAACGACAGCCCUGUGGAUGCAGGUGACCCAGGGGCAUAUGGCUCCAGCAAAGCAUCCACUAAACUGAAGGACAUUCUAAUGGACAACACCCUGUCGCCCAUAUCAUCCAAUGACCCCCUUCUGUCCUCAGCUUCCCCAGACACCUCCAACAGCAGCAGCAGGCGUAGCAGCAGCUCAAGCAUGGAGGAGAAUGAUCAUGGUUGUUAGCACUGCCCACAAGCUCAAAUCACACUGACAUUUUAUAAAGUAGCAUUGUUAUUACUGGAGCCAACGCUAGGUGCUGCUAUGGCCUAUUCCUUGAGAUAAAGACAGUGGGAUUUUCCCUCCCAUUGUGUUCAGAAGUUUUGUCUUUUGUUUUUGUUUGUUUUACAAUAUUGUGUCUCUUUCUGGAAUCAAAUCUCGUUGUUCAAAUUAGGCUACCCUGCCUAAGGUGACUGCUGAGAUUUCACUGUACUGUAGCGUUCACUUUUCAUGUGAAUUAUUUGACAGGAAGUGCACAAUAACAUGGCAAUAAUGUAUUUUAUGUGUAAUAUUUCUAUCUUUUUUUCAUAUCAUGACCAUUUGUUGAAUUAGUUUAAAACAUUUGUUUUGUGAGACAUCAUAGAGAAAUAUAUAUUUAGUUGAAUACUUAAAUUAACUGAUAAUAACAUUUCACCAAGAUUUUAAGAUGAGAUAAGACACAUUUUUACCCUUAAAUUUAGAAGCAAUGGUUUGAAACCUACAAUAUUAUUUGCGACUAGAAACAACUUUCAGGAACAAUGAAUACAAUUUCAAUGAAUACAACCGGUUGAUGAACUUUGUUUCCGACGUGGUGAUAUCUAAAGUGAAGAUAUUUGUACAAAACACUGUAAAUAUACAUAUUUUGUGAUUUAGUGUUUUGAAGUAGGCCUUUAAUUAAGUAUUAAAUUGAAAGUGAAUUCA